UUUGAUUCAUUGACAGAAUUUUUUUGAUAAUAUAAAAUGUAAUCCUGAUUUUUUUUUUAAUUAAUUGAUUGUUGUUCUGGAGAUUUGUUGCUCCAGAAAUAGUAUGGAAGGCUAUUUAUUGUCUGAUUCAAGAAUGGCUGCUGCACCCUUUAAAUGGAUUAGUUGUGAAAUUGGAUUAGGGGCGAUUUCUACAUUUUUUCGUGAUUGUUGUUAUCGCGAAAAUCUCGAUUACUUGCUUCUCUAUAUUGUUCUUCUCAGUUGCUUAUUUCAAUUGGAUUGCUUUUUUGCACGUUUGGUUUAGACGAUGAACAGUUUGGUUUAGACGAUAAACGGUCGUUUGCUUUAAAUAUUUACGAAUCUUGAAAGAAACUACGUAUCGAAUGUUGAAUUGAGCGUAGUAUUCAGCUGGUGAUUGUUUUUUAGUACAUGUUCGUUUCUUCGUACUAUACGUGUUUCAUCACAUAAACUGCAGUUGCAAUUUCUCCACGCGAAAGAACGACUCUCCUUGUAGUAUUUGCAUCUUCCGCUAUCGUGGUUCGUAGUUUUCUUUGUUUGGUUUCGACUCUCGACUAUUCUGCAACUGAUCGCCCCGCUAUGCAAAGGAAUUGAUUCUUAUAGUAAUUAUUAACAAGCCGACAUCACCUGAUGUAAGCGUCAGAGUGUAAUCGUCGGUUAACUAAAUUCUUGAUCAAUUCUCCGGCUGAGCUACUCAUUUCGAGUGAUCCCACAUCAUAUUCAAUACCAAUUAACUAUGUACUUGAAUUAAAUCUGUAAAAUGUAUAAUUACACUUAUCGCGAUUUAAGUUGCUCAAACUAAAUUAAUUGUACAUGCCCUCUCACGCGCGUUGAAAUGAAUACGUCGCGAUAACACUUUAGUUUCUGGUGCAUAUAUUUACAUAACCCAUUGGUAGGGGUAAAAAUUGGAAUAUAAAUUUCGAGUUCUAUCGAUUAUGAUUUCGACAAUUUCUAAUAAUAUAAUAAUUGCAUUAUGGAAGUUUUUACUUCUGAUUUUUUUGAAACAUAAUCGGAAUACAUACUAAUUUUCGUUUUCCAAUCUAAUUUUAAUUUCUGAAAAUUCAAACCUCUUUCUUUUCAAAUUACUUAUUGAUUCUCAAUAAGAAAUCCGAUUAUGAACAAGUUUUUUCAUUCCAAUUUUUGAGAUAUUCAAUUUUCUUUGUUGUGGAACUGAAUUGAAAUUAGGGUUCCACUUUAGAAAAACAAAAUAUGUUAUUUUUCCUUUUUAAACUAUAAUUUUGAUUCGUUCCAUCCGAUUUCCAUCCAAUCACGGCCUAAAACGAACACGCGUUGGGAAAAAAGGACAUGGCAACACAAGAAAAAACAACAUCAAGUCUUCCACCGGAGAUCGUCGAAAUUAUCCUGUCAAAAUUAUCGUCAGUUAAGUCUCUGCUUCGAUUUAAAACAGUUUGCAAGUCAUGGAAUACUAUGAUCUCCGAUCCCUUAUUCGCCGAAAUUCAUCUGCAAUCCUCCAAAUCUUCGAAUUAUCUUUUCCUACGUAUGUAUAGAAAUAGUAGCGGCAGAGGGUUUUCUUUGGUUAAACUCGAAGGUGGAAGAAUCCACAAUGAAGCAGUGUUGAAGGUCCACUACGGGUCGUUCAAUCAAGUCUUAGGCGAGUGUAACGGUGUGCUACUCUUGAACGAAAAUCUGCACGCGCGUAAGGAAUAUGCUUUCUGGAAUCCAUCCACUCGAAGGCAGGCCCAUUUUUCGUCCCCAUACAUACGUGAUCAAUUUAAACCAGUGACUCAUGGGAUUUGUUACGAUCCGAUAACGGAUGAUUUCAAGGCUGUUAUGAUUGCCAAAGAGAGUUACAGAAUUUACUCGUGUAAGAACAAUUCUUGGACGGAGAAAAAAGGAAUCGGUCAAUUCUAUUUUUGCAUGGUGGGCUGGGGAGUCUUCGCUGAUGGAGCUAUUUAUUGGGUUUUGGGUGAAUUGGAUAAUAACUGGAUUAUACAAUUAGUGUAUUUCGAUCCAAGAACCGACGAGCUGAAGAGGUUGCAGAAGCCCAAAGAGCUAAUUGGCGGCAAUGAUGAAGUAAUUAUGAAAGUGGCUUCUUUGAGAGACAACAGCCUGUGUUUGUACUUCAACACGAUCGAUGAUAGGACGAGAAUUCGAUUCUUGAUAAAGGAAAAUGGCGUUUUGGAGAAUCCUAAUUGGAAGGAGUUUGUAGUUAUCGAGAACGUUGUGGAUGCUCCGACUGUGUGGUUUCAACUACUAGACUUUGUGGAAAAUAAGAUUGUCAUUAAAAUAGAUCAGAAAAAAUAUCUCUACUAUGACCCUCGUGAGAAGACGAUCGAAGAAGUUGAAGAGAGAGAUGAAAUGUGGGGUGCAUUUGUUCCAUAUCUGAAUACUCUGCUCUUCCCAGCUCGGGUUUCUGGCGGAAAAUAAGAUUGUCGAAUUCAUCAGAUGACAAAAGAUUUGCUUGCUAUGUAAAAGUUCGAUUUUCAUACCAGUUUUGCUCGAAACUUUUCUUACCUGAAUUGAUAAAUUUACGAGUUUUUUUUUUUU